AUGCAAAUGGGACAGCUUCACAUGGGGAAGCUCCAAACUAUGCCGAAAAGGACGAGUUUCCUUUAUGAGAGACUCCACAUGAUUGCAUUAACUGUUAGCAGCCGUUAUGCGUCCCAACAUGUCUAUCAUGAAGAUGAUAUUAGGUUGAAGAUAGCCGAAAGCAUGAAGCCCAUAACAGAUAUGUGUGCAUUAAGCAAAUGA